AUGUCGGCCAUCUUGGAUUGUUUGGCUGCGGUGCCCCCUCUGGUGGCCGUACCGGGAAUUACAGGAGACAACCAGGCUGACCCAGGCCAGACCCAGGCCAGACCCAGACCAGACCCAGACCAGACCCAGACCAGACCCAGACCAGACCCAGACCCCUCUCUCUCUCUCUUUCUUCCAGAACCAGUACUCUCUCCUCCAGCCUGGGGUCUCUUUCUCCUCCAGCCUGGGGUCUCUUUCUCCUCCAGCCUGGGGUCUCUUUCUCCUCCAGCCUGGGGUCUCUUUCUCCUCCAGCCUGGGGUCUCUUUCUCCUCCAGCCUCAGGGUCUCUUUCUCCUCCAGCCUGGGGUCUCUUUCUCCUCCAGCCUCAGGGUCUCUCUCUCCUCCAGCCUGGGGUCUCUCUCUCCUCCAGCCUGGGGUCUCUUUCUCCUCCAGCCUGGGGUCUCUUUCUCCUCCAGCCUCAGGGUCUCUCUCUCCUCCAGCCUGGGGUCUCUCUCUCCUCCAGCCUCAGGGUCUCUCUCUCCUCCAGCCUGGGGUCUCUCUCUCCUCCAGCCUGGGGUCUCUUUCUCCUCCAGCCUGGGGUCUCUCUCUCCUCCAGCCUGGGGUCUCUUUCUCCUUCAGCCUCUCUCCUCCAGCCUGGGGUCUCUCUCUCUUCAGGGCGGGUGCAGCUGGCCUGGCGCUCACACAGAGCUCAGGUGCCGCGGAGCGCAUUCCGCCACAUGUGCGCCAGGCCGGUGCUUGGCGCUCAUGGUUCCCUGGGGAGUGGGGUUUCUCUCUCCAGGGACCGUGUGGAGGGAAAGCUGAUAAAGCAGCUACAUCUGCCCAACAGCAGCGGGUCUGUGGCGCCGGACUCGUCAGGCGGGUGAGUAAUGGGGGAGGGCGGGUGAGGAGGCGGCCCCUGUCAUCUCCUGGUCUCACCCCUCCGUCUGCUCUCACUUCCAGACACUCCAUAAGUUCACACGGAGGGUGA